AUGGCCCAGCACGUCGUUGUUGAAGGGGCUCUGCCGCGGCCACCGCCUACUCAACUCGCCCAUCCACGACUUGAAAUUGCCACAUUCGUCAACGACAUUCGUCAAUUUUCACUAUAUGUCCAAGCGCUUCAAAUUUAUUACAAUAGAGACAGAACAGACGUGGUAUCCCACUGGCAAAUCGGUGGAAUUCAUGGCCAACCGUAUGUCGAUUGGAAUGGCACGCCCAGUUUUGGGACUGGGUACUGUGUCCACGGUACCCCUCUCUUCCCUACCUGGCAUCGGCCAUACAUCGUCCUCUUUGAGCAAGAAAUACAGAGAAUCGCACGCGAACUUGCUGCAACAUAUACCUAUGACCGUCCAGCAUGGGAGACUGCAGCAGCUGCCCUGCGCCAGCCAUACUGGGGAUGGGAUAAGGUUGCAACGAUGGUUCCUCCUCUUCAGGUCACAACUUUGCCUACCGUAGACAUCUUGAAGCCCGACAGUCCGGCCACGGUGGCUGUUGAGAACCCGUUCUUGAAAUACACAUACCCAGCGGGCGCUAACUCGGUAUUAAUAGCCCCUUUUAAUACUUGGCCCAGCACUACACGAUAUCCGGAUGCAUUCGGUAAUAGUCAACCGGAUCAACUUCGAAACGCUCUCCAGGCUGUGGGGCCUCAAAUAGAAUACAAUACCCAAAGGCUUAUGUCAAUUGGUACUUGGAACGAGUUCACACUUGGGAGUAGCGGAACGGAUGGGCUGGAAAGUAUUCAUGACACAAUCCAUAUCAGAACAGGAGGAUCCUUGGGUAACAUGCAAUACGUCGAAACAGCGGCCUUUGACCCAAUUUUCUAUCUGCAUCAUGCACAAGUUGAUCGUGUUAUCGAUCUCUGGCACAGGUCACACAACGUCUGGACACCAGACGCAGCCGAUUUACUGCCGUUCCGAAGAACGCAAAAUGCGUACUGGAAGUCUCCAGAAAUUAUCGAUAACAGCCAGGUCUUCAACUAUAGCUAUGGUAAUGCAAUCAACCUUUCGCAAUCUGAUUAUAGCGAAGGCGUUGCAGCCAAAGCAAUCAGGGACACUGAACGUGAAUGGAGCGUCCGUGUUGAAUGCAAGAAAUACGAAGUCGGAGAGAGCUUCUCCGUUUACAUCUUCUUGGCAGACAAAGUGCCCUCCAACCACAAGGAAUGGCUCUUCAAUCCCGCAUUUGCAGGAUCCUUUGACGCUUUCGUCAACACGAACCCCAAGCAAUGUGCCAACUGCACCGCACAUGCUGAUAGUAUAAUCAAGGGCUUUGUACAUAUCAACAAGAAGUAUCUGGAGAGGUCAAGGAAGGCAUCCCUUGAUCCUGACGUCGUCAUUCCGUAUUUGAAGGAUCAUAUCAGCUGGGGAGCCAAUGGAGAAGUCGUCGAUCUUCACAAAUUCCCGUCGCUUGAGGUCACAGUGCUGUGCACGCCUCUGACGUUCUCAAGUGGUGCAGAAUAUCCCUCUGAGGGAAAGCCAAAGAUCUAUCCGGACGUUACACAUGGGCGCAUUGGGGGCAGUCGUCUUGCCCAUGCGCAGGAGUAA